AUACAUCAUAACAUCCGUCACACACUAUACAUAGAUAGCCGUUCUCCCAAUUUUAACAUCUUCACCUCAUCAAAAAUGGUCUUGCGAGUGUCUUAUGUUUUGGUGGUUCUGACCAUUCUUUCCAUGGAUCAUAGGAUCUCUCAAGCCACAUCCCGUGUUGCUUUUCAGGAGCCAUCCAUUGCUCAUCACUUCCAACAAUGGAUGAUCCAGUUCUCUCGAGUAUAUAGCAAUGAUUCUGAGAAACAGAUGAGGCUGGAAGUGUUCAAGAAAAACUUGGAGUACAUUGAGAACUUCAACACUAAGGCGAAUCAAAGCUACAAACUUGGUGUCAACGAGUUCACGGAUCAGACUAAGGAAGAGUUCUUAGCCACCCACACCGGUCUUAUUAGGGGCAUUAAUCUAACUUCAUCAUCCGAAGCGGUUGAUGAAUCGAUGUCAUCAUGGAAAUGGAACGUCAGUAAUAACGUCGGCGAGAGCAAAGAUUGGAGAAUGGAAGGAGCGGUAACACCUGUCAAACAGCAGGGACAAUGUUCUAGUUGUUGGGCGUUCUCGGCGAUUGCAGCGGUGGAAGGUCUGACGAAGAUUACCCGAGGAAACCUCAUAUCACUGUCCGAACAGCAGCUUAUAGAUUGUGACGGAGAACCUAACGAAGGUUGCAAGGGAGGAACAAUGGAAGAAGCUUUCACCUACAUAACACAAAACGGAGGCAUUUGUUCAGAAGAAGCAUACCCUUACCAAGAGAGAGAUGGGACUUGCCAGUCCAAGUCUGAACUCGCCAUGCAGAUCAGAGGUUUCCAAUACGUUCCACGCAACAACGAGCGUGCAUUGCUCGAGGCUGUAUCGAUGCAGCCCGUCUCGGUGUGCAUUGCCGCAUUGGCUGAAAGUUUCAGCCAUUACUCAAGCGGAGUGUACAGUGAUCCAGCCUGUGGGAUCGCCACGACUCAUGCAGUGACGUUGGUUGGAUAUGGGACGAGCCCGGAAGGGAUUAAGUAUUGGCUGGCUAAGAACUCUUGGGGUGAGUCUUGGGGAGAGAAUGGUUACAUUAGACUCCGUAGAGAUGUGGAGUGGCCUCAAGGCAUGUGUGGUCUUGCUCAGUAUGGUUCUUAUCCAGUUGCUUGA